AUGUCCACAUUUGGUAAUAUAUUUAGGGUGACAACAUAUGGUGAGUCUCACUGCAAAUCAGUAGGGUGCAUCGUUGAUGGUUGUCCUCCAGGUUUAGAUUUAAGUGAGGAUGAUAUUCAACCUCAGUUGACUAGAAGAAGACCAGGGCAGAGUAAAAUUUCCACGCCUAGAAAUGAAAAAGAUAGGGUAGAGAUUCAAUCAGGUACUGAGAAUGGCAAGACGCUUGGAUCUCCAAUUGCAAUGAUUGUAAAAAACGAAGACCAUAGACCAAAUGAUUAUUCUGAAACAGAUUUAUACCCAAGACCGUCGCAUGCAGAUUGGACGUAUAUUCAGAAGUACGGAACUAAGUCAACUUCUGGAGGAGGUCGUUCAUCUGCAAGAGAAACCAUAGGAAGAGUGGCAGCAGGUGCAAUUGCUGAAAAAAUAUUAACUAAGGCCAACAACGUUGAGAUAGUUGCUUUUGUCUCAAGUAUUGGUGAAAUUUCUAUGGAUAGAAGUCCUUUAAACUUAGAUUUUCAAAAUCUUUUGAAUACGAUUACAAGAGAACAGGUUGAUGGAGCUGGACCUGUAAGAUGCCCAGACGAUGCAAUCAAAGAACAGAUGGUGAGAGUGAUCGAAAAAUACAGAGACUCAAAGGAUUCAAUAGGAGGCGUCGUGACAUGUGUUGUAAGAAAUUGUCCAAUAGGUUUAGGAGAACCUUGCUUCGAUAAGUUGGAAGCUACCUUAGCCCAUGCUAUGUUGUCUUUGCCUGCAACAAAAGGCUUUGAAUUUGGUUCGGGCUUCAUAGGUACCACAAUCCCGGGAUCUAAACACAAUGAUGCUUUCUCAUACGAUGGAACAUCAAGUAGAUUGAGAACUAAGACGAAUAACUCUGGUGGUAUUCAGGGAGGCAUUUCAAACGGCGAGAACAUUUAUUUCUCAGUUGCAUUCAAGUCCGCUGCCACUAUAUCUCAAGAACAGGCUACCUCAACUUAUGAGGGUAAAGACGGAGUCUUGGCUGCGAGAGGUAGACAUGAUCCUAGUGUCACACCCAGAGCUGUUCCUAUUGUUGAGUCGAUGACAGCAUUAGUAUUGGUGGAUCAGCUCCUUAUUCAAAAAUCUAGAGAUUAUGGAAGAUCAAUUGUAUCUAAAUAA